CUUGGAGCUGCUGGAGGGAUAGGUCAGCCUUUAGCACUUCUAGUUAAGAUGUCCCCAUUGAUUUCGGCCCUGCACAUCUAUGAUAUAGCAAAUGUCAAGGGAGUUGCUGCUGAUCUCAGUCACUGUAACACCCCUGCACAAGUCUUGGGUUUCACAGGAUCUUCUGAAUUACCCAAUUCUUUGAAGGGUGUUGAUGUUGUUGUCAUUCCAGCUGGGGUUCCAAGGAAGCCUGGUAUGACCCGCGAUGACCUCUUCAGCAUCAAUGCCAACAUAGUAAAGACGUUGGUUGAGGCUGUUGCUGAUAACUGCCCUGAUGCUUUUAUACACAUUAUCAGCAAUCCAGUCAACUCUACAUUGCCAAUUGCAGCUGAAGUUUUGAAGCAGAAAGGUGUGUAUGAUCCAAAGAAGCUCUUUGGUGUUACAACACUUGAUGUUGUUAGGGCAAACACAUUUGUUGCUCAGAAGAAGAAUCUCAAGCUUAUCGAUGUGGAUGUACCAGUAGUAGGGGGGCACGCUGGAAAAACCAUUCUUCCCCUCCUAUCAAAGACGAGACCCCCAGUUAGUUUCAAUGAUGAGGAAGUGCAAGAGCUAACUGUAAGGAUCCAGAAUGCUGGGACAGAAGUUGUGGAGGCAAAGGAAGGGGCAGGGUCUGCUACCCUGUCAAUGGCAUAUGCUGCAGCCAGAUUUGUUGAAUCUUCUCUUCGCGCAUUGGAUGGUGAUGCUGAUGUCUAUGAGUGCUCAUUUGUGCAAUCAGAUCUUACUGAGCUUCCAUUCUUCGCAUCAAGGGUAAAACUUGGAAGGAAGGGGGUCGAAGCUAUCAUUUCAUCUGACCUCCAAGGGCUGACUGAGUAUGAACAGAAGGCACUGGAAGCUCUCAAGCCUGAACUGAAGGCCAGCAUUGAGAAAGGCAUUGCAUUUGCUCAGAAGCAACCAGUGACUACAUAGAUUGAGUGAAUUUCUGGAAGUCAUAACCAGACAGAAAUGUGGGUCUUAUCUACGUUGGUCAUUUUUUCUCCAGAUCAAUGCAUCGGCAAUUUCAGUUUGGCAGAAUUUUCACCUAUCUUAUGUCUUGAGAAACUUCUUUUGAGGAUAUAUUU